CGCUGGGCAUUGGCCAGACCCGGCGCUGCUGACCGGCUCUGCUGUGCUGGGAGGAGCUGCUCAGGCCUGCGGGGUGGAGACUGGGUCCCCAUACAAACAAGCUUUGGAGACAAACAUCCUCCUGACCCUUCGAGGCUGGCCCUGUGAGGAGUCCGCUCCAGCCCCGGGGGCCUGAUGGCUGAGGAGCCGCUGACCGAGCUGGAGGCGGCCAUCGACAUGGUGAUCAACACAUUCUUCUCCUUUGCCAGGAAAGAGGUCUGGAAGGACAGCCUCAGCGUCAGUGAGUUUAAAGACCUGGCCACACAGCAGUUGCCUCACCUGCUCAAGGAUGCGGGCUCCUUAGAUGACAAGAUGAAGAGCUUAGAUGUGAAUCAGGACGCAGAGGUCGAGUUCAACGAGUACUGGAAACUGAUUGGGGAGCUGGCCAGGGAGAUCCAGGGGAAGAUCUUGGAGACCCAGAGGAAGUAAAGCCAGCUGGCUGGGGCAGGGCGGACCGGGCAGAGCCCAAAUAAAGCUCCUCCUUGAAACACG